UUUCUAUUCACUUUUUCUAUUCACUUUCUCAGUCAGUCAGCUCUCUCCUUGCCCAAUCAUGUCGGCGUCUCUGCCCGUGUCGACUGCCGGCGGCGAGCGGAUGGUUGCGAUGAUUGCAGCACGCAACAACAACAACAACUCCUCAUCGUCCUCUGCUGGGCUGUCCUCGUUGGUGGGCGGUGUGUCGUGGCCGCAGGUCAAGCGCGGGCUUCUGAUUGCCGCGGCCGUCUUCCUCGUGCUGCACCUCCUCCGCCUCUCCUCAGGAUACGACUCGUGCAACUACCUGCUCAACGCAGAGGGAAGCGUCCAGAUCAACCCAAAGUCAGGCGCAAAGUCGUGGCGCCCACAGGGCUGCAUGGCGCGCGAGUUUGGCUCGGCCGCAACAGCUGCGCACGCCUGUCUCGCCGGGCGACGCAUUGUCUUUGCUGGCGACUCGCGCGCGCGGCAACUCUGGCUUGGCAUGAUUGCCCUGCUCGACAAGAGCGCCGUCCCGCAAGUCACGCAGCAGGACUACCACACGGACAUGUCCGUCACCGUUGCCACCCCGUCCCCGAUGCUCGUCCCGGGCAAGAAGGUCAACUCGGACUUGACGUUUGCACACGAGCUCGGCCUCAACAGGCACGGUCACAACGUCACCCUUGACUUUCUGUGGCUUCCGUUUGUCGCAAACCAGUCCCUGGCGACCAUCUCCAGCCGCCUGCUGCUUGCCGGCGAGCACAACCCAAACCUGUUGGACGAUGCGCAGCAAGCAGACGAUGGCACGACGACAGCACCGCAAGGCGCCUUCACGCGCCCGAGCUUGCUUGUGCACGGCGUCGGCCUUUGGGAUGUGCGCGAUUUGAUCACCCCCGACCAGGUCGAGCAGCAGCUGACCGAAGUCUAUCGCGAUUCCCUGCAAUUCCUGAAUGAUCUCGACGGCCAUGCUGCGGGCGACCGCCCACGUCCCGGGGUCAGUGCCAAGUGGCUUGACGCCCAUUCCUCGCUCUGGGAACAGAGCAGCGCGGAUCUGGACAUUUUCUGGGGCGUCACUCUCAAUGUCAACGAAGCCAACCUCCGGCCCGAUCGCCAGGCCAUCACGAACGAGCGCAUUGCCCAAUUCAACCAGGCCGUUUUGCCCGUGGCCGAGGACUUUGCCCACAGCUUGCACGAGCGCGCGGAAGAGAGCGCUCGCGGUGGCAACCUCGACCAGCAGCCCCUGCCGCACCGCGCGGGUCGCCUCGCGCUCGAGCCUUUGAUUGUCCCGGAUCUUCCGCACACGGCCGACCUUGCCACGCAGGGCGGCUUCCUGGCGCCCAACAUGCUCAUUUCUCGCAGCAUUGGCAGCAUUGGCAAGGCGUUUGCCGAGGACUCUACCGACGGCGUCCACUUUCCCGACGCCGCCGUGCAAGCGCAACUGAACGUCAUUCUCAACGCCUUCUGCAACCGUCGUCACGAAGCCUGGGACCGUCCCGACGACGUGACGUGCUGCGCACCCUACCCCGCCCUCACUGGUCUGCAGUACGUCUUCUUUGCCGUCGUGCUGUUUGCGCUCGUGUGCUGGCUCGGAGGCUCGUAUGCCGCCCGUCACCACACCGGUGGCGCAGUUGCGUCGGGCGCAGAGUCUGCAUUCGGGGCCACGGCUCGUGCGCGCCACAUGCUGUCGUCGCCAAACCUGCUGAGCGUUGCCAUGCCUGUGGCCCAGCUGGGCCUCGUCCUUGUCUUUGCAUUCCUGUGUGACCGCACCCACAUCUUCCCCAAGGAACGCAAGAUUUACACCCACUUUGACCUGAUUGCGUCGAUUGGCGUCAUGUUCGUUGCUGGGUGGUGCACACUCACCCAUGUCAAGACGGCGCCGACCUUUUUGAGUCGCGACCAGACAGACGAGUGGAAGGGCUGGAUGCAGAUUGUCUUUUUGAUCUACCACUUCCUUGGCGGCAGCUCCGUUCUGCCGCUCUACAUGCUUGUGCGCGUCUUUGUUGCCAGCUACCUCUUCCUGACUGGCUUUGGCCACUUUACCUUCUUUUACACCAAGAAGCAGUUUGGCAUCACGCGCAUCAUCCAGGUGCUCACGCGUCUGAACGUUCUCACCAUCGGCCUGUGCAUGGUCAUGGACAAGCCCUACCAAUUCUACUACUUUGUCCCGCUUUCCAGCUUCUGGUUCCUUGUCGUGUAUGCCAUCAUGGCAUUCCCGUCCAUUCCUGCCGUGCAAAAGCGCUUCCCGGGUCUCGAUGCGCCAGCUCGCAUCCUCGCGCUCUUUACCAUCUGCUCCAUUGUCUGGCUGCCGUUCAGCGGCAACUACAAGAGCACCAGUGCCGACGACUUUCCCAUCUUCCAGUUCCUGUUUGACUGGUGGCCGAUCAAGGAGCUGUUCAGCGUGAGCGACAGUCUGUACGAGUGGCGCUUCCGCUCUGGUCUCGAUUGCUUUAUCGUCGCUCAUGGCAUGCUCAUUGCCUACGCCUACCAAAUCGCCAAGUCGCACGGCGUCAUCCACGACAACCAACCAGCAGUUCGCCCUGGAACAACCCCGCCUCCUCCCGGCCCUCUGCUUUCGGGUCUGCUUUUCAACACGGCCACUUCGGCCAUCCUGUCCAUUGUGUCGAUUGGCAUUUUUUGCUGGUACAUCAUGUUCACACGCUCGUGCACGGACAAGGCCUACUGCAACUACAUUCACACGUUCUCGUCGCCCUUCCUCGUGGCCGCUUUUGCCUUUUUGCGCAACCUGACCGGCAGGUCUCGGGCUGUGUACAGCCGCUUCUUUGCCUACAUUGGCCAGCUCUCGCUGGAACUCUUCCUUCUCCAGUUCCACAUCUGGCUCGCGGCCGACACGAAGGGCAUUCUGGUGCUCAUCCCCGGCACCAGUGGCUUCUGGCGCUUGCUCAACGCCGCCUUCACCACCGGCCUGUUUGUUGCCGUCAGUGAGGUUGCCUCCGACAGCUCGGCGCUGAUUGUCAGCUUGCUUGCGCCAGGCGACAACACGCGCGCCGUCAUUUCGCGCUUUUGCGGCCUUCUCGUGUUCUGCGGCGUCUGGUGGAUGCUUCGCCAGGCUCUCGAGGCCAACACUGAGACGUACCAACAUUAUUAAUCGUUAUUAUUUACUCUUGCCUUGUAGUUUAUUUUGGGUUUUUCAGCCAACCUUUUAAGUGUUGCGUUUUAUUUCGAGAUGAUCUUUGCUUUGAUGUGUGUAUGUCUUUGUUUCACUAAAGUCUUUUCUGCUU